CACCCGCACUCAAGUUAUGCCUAUUCCAACGACUGAACUCGUCAUUUUCGACACCACAGAGGCGGUUCGUAAAGACCGCUCAAUUUUGAAACCUGCAUUCGAGCUGGUUUCAAAGUUUAAUGGUAUCCAGAUGCCUUCCUACGUUGGAACACAGAUCGAGAAUCCUGCUAAAGGCUGUGUCUUCAUGAACUGGGAUAGCCUAGCGCACCAUCAAGCGAUGAUGGCGUCCCCCUUGUAUGCGACUCUGCUUGAACAUUUGAAACCCGCAUAUGGGGGCUGGUCGAAGAUGUACCAUGUGAUUUUCAAUGCCAAUCCCAUCGCACUCCAGCAACCUGUCACGGAAGUCCUCCUCCUCACUAUCGAGAACCCCAGUAAUCGCACAGAAGUGUUUGACAUCCUCACCAAGAUCUCAGACUCAACUAAGAAGAUGCUCGUGUUUGGUCCUUCGCUGGAAGAUAAGAAUGUGAUUAUUGUCGUUGGUGGUUGGAAGAGCGUUGAGGCUCAUUGGCAAAUGGUCGCUAAGCCUGAGCCGAAAGCUGCGCUUGAACGGCUGUACGCUCUUGCCAACAAGGACCAUCUGUUCCACAGCGCCUUGACCUCCUUCACGGGGAAGUAGCGGUUGUCUGUUAAGGAUACUGAGGUCGAAUUAAAAGCACGCAAUUGUACAUAGUUUCUGUAUCACAAAGUCUUCGUGA